AUAGUGAAGUUGGGAGGACAAGGAAUGAUUGGAAGAAAAGAAGAAAAGCAAAAGAGGAAAAAAAGAAGAGUUUGGUAGGGAAAUUUGUGGUGGCAACGGACAAGGAAAUAGGAAGAAAGAUAUGAAGGAAUCGUUUAUGAUUUAGAUUCACGUUUCAAAUGUUAGGCGAAAGCGACAGUGGGAUCCUCUCAUCACAUCAUUGGUUGGUUUGCAAAUUCCAUACUAAAAAUGUCACUAAAUCUGCUCCCUCCAAUCGUUAGCCAUUCUCACAGUCCAUGGCUUCUUCACUUCUCUCAUCACCCGCUCUUCUCCCUUUUUCUUCUUCUUCUUCUUUCUUCUUCUUCUUCUUCUUCUUCUUCCUUUCUUCUCCACCUCCGCAUUCCCACAACCACUUCUUCCAAGCUCCGAAUCCUUUCCACCCAUGCCACCAAUGUCGAGUUAAUUGCAGAUCCACCCACCCCUUCUUCCCAAAGGCUAAGUUUUGGCUUCCAAAAUGUGGCCGAUACUUUUUGGGUCAAUGUACAGCGAGCUGAGGGUAGGCCAUUGAGUAUUGGGCUUAAUUCCCCAUUGCAUUUUGGGAACUCCAAGCUUGAAACUCUAAACAAUGUUGCUAUUAGAGUUGAACUUAGUAAUGGUUGUGUUGGUUGGGGGGAAGUUCAAGUGCUUCCUUCUGUUACUGACGUUACUCUUGAAAUGGCUCUUGCUAAGGCUCAGGAGGUUUGCAACUUCCUCCUUCGUACUCCGCCCGCCACUCUGACUUCCGUGUUUGAUGAUGUUACUGCCCUUCUUUCCCCUCGGGAGUUUGCUCCGAUCAGGGCUGGGGUAGAGAUGGCAUUGAUUGAUGCAGUUGCGAAUAGCAUCAGUGUUCCACUCUGGAGGUUAUUUGGUGGCGUGACAAGUACAUUAACAACCGUAAUAACAGUCCCUAUUCUUUCCCCAGAGGAGGCCUCAAUCUUGGCUUCAAAGUAUUACAAUCAAGGAUUUGAAACUCUUAAGCUUGUUGUUGGGAAAAACUUUGCUGCAGAAAUUGCAGCUAUUGAGGCCAUUCAUGCGGCUCAGCCCUGCUGCUCAUUCAUGUUUGAUGCAAAUGAAGGAUACACACCUGACGAAGCAAUAAAAUUUCUUGAGAAAUUGAAGGAUGUGGGGAUAGUGCCUCUUGUUUUUGAGCAACCUGUAGACAGAGAUGACUGGAAAGGUCUUCACGAAGUCAGUAACGUCGCUAGAACGUAUGGGAUACCUGUUGCUGUGGAUGAGAGUUGUCGGAGCUUAACCGAUGUUUGGAAGAUAAUUGACAAAAAUCUUGUGGAUGCCAUAAACAUUAAGUUGCCCAAGUUUGGAGUCCUCGGAGCUCUUGAAAUAAUAAAUCUUGCAAGAAAAUCAGGCUUGAUUCUUAUGGUUGACAGCAUGGCUGAGACGAGACUCGCAACCGGGUUUGCAGGCCAUUUGGCUGCUGGAGUUGGUUGCUUCAAGUACAUUGUUCUUGAUACACCACUUUUAUUAGCAGAAGACCCUGUUGUUGGAGGUUAUGAAGCAUCUGGUGCUGUUUACAAGUUCAAUAAUGCUAGAGGACAAGGAGGCUUCUUGAAUUGGAAUCUUCUUCCUGAUGCUGGUGGGUUACCUUGAAUCAAGCAAUUACUCUUUGUCAGCAGCUCUUAUAUGGUUUUCUCCAAUUCUCCAUACAAUUAAUUGAUGAUGCAAUCUCACUCUUUGCAAAUUGCCAACUCUUGAAGGAGUAGAGGAGAGGACAAACUUUGUUGUAAUUAUAUGAACAUAAACCUUUUUAAGCUAUCAAUUCCAAUGCAAUGGAAAUUGGAUAAAAUAUUAGAAACUUUGUGAUGUAUAUUAUAAUGUUAGAAGAUAUGAAUCAAAUUCCUUCAUUCACGUGGGAAAAAUUCAAUUUAUUGUUAUCUUGUUUGGUUAAGAA